AUGCGCAGCCUGGCCAACAAACGCGCCAUCAUCACCGGCGGCAGCCGGGGCAUCGGCCUGGCCAUCGCGCGGCUGUUUGCCUCCGAGGGCACCUCGGUGACGCUGGUCGGCCGGGACGAGGCGCGCCUGAGCUCCGCCUUGGACAGCUUGUCGGCCGGAGAGCAGCAGCACCACCAUCAGCCGCCGGCGCGCCACAACUCGUAUGCCUUCGACGUGAGCAGUAUAGACGGAUGGACCGGCAUGCUCAACGACAUGAAGCAGACGCAACAGAACGUUGAUAUUCUUGUCAACGCUGCUGGCAUAACACAGCAGUCCUUGCUGUACAAGUCAGACCCCGCUGAGAACCAGCGCAUCAUCAACACAAACCUGAUGGGAACCAUCUUUGGCUGCCAGUCAGUAAGCCAACAGAUGAUUCGACAGAAGAGUGGUUGUAUCGUCAACAUUUCGAGUCUGCUGGCGGUGCAAGGAGGGUUAGGGGCCAGCGUGUAUGCUGCGUCAAAAGCGGGUAUCGUGGGUCUAACGCGGUCGUUUGCCCUAGAGGUCGGCAGAUUCGGCGUCCGGGUCAACGUUCUCUUGCCCGGCUAUAUUCAAACUGACAUGACGAAACCUAUCCAUGUAGUCAUGGACGAAAAAGGCAACCUGUCCGCAUCCAUCCCACUGCGUCGAUUGGGGACUGCGGAGGAAGUCGCCGAUGCUGCAGCAUUCCUCGUCAAGAAUCCGUAUGCACACAACGCCGUCUUAAACCUGGACGGAGGUCUGAGUGCAGCUUGA